AUGAGCUGGGCCAUUGGACUAUUCUUGUACCAGACUUUCGAUGCCUGCGAUGGAGCGCAAGCCAGGAGAACAAGGCAGAGUGGCCCAUUGGGAGAGUUGUUUGAUCAUGGCGUUGACGCAAUGAACACAACUCUUGAGGUGGUCAUCUUUGCCGGCGUUAUGAAUCUUGGGCAGUCUUGGGCUACAUUGGCUACAUUGUUCGCGUCUCUUUGCGCGUUUUACUUGACCACUUGGGAGGAAUACCACACUGGCACCCUCUACUUAGGCAUUGUAUCAGGUCCUGUCGAGGGCGUCCUGACAUUAUGUGCCAUCUACGCGACAACGGCCUUUGUUGGUGGAAGCUUCUGGCAAAAGCCUAUGCUAGAAACUCUUAGGCUCCCAAGACCGGGAUUCUUACCCGAAGUUUUGAGGGACAUGCAGUUCAACCACUGGUACCUUGUCUAUGGAGGGAUUAUGCUCUCUUUCAAUAUUAUUCAAAGUUCUCAAAAUGUCAUUCGCGCUCGCCGUGCAAAGGGCCGUAGUAUCUUCCCUGCGCUUGCUGGUCUUGCACCAUUCUUCCUGACCUGGGUGAUGAUUCCUGCCUGGUGUUAUCUCCGCCCCGAGAUUCAGCGCGUAUCCAUACCUCAACAUCCUUUCGUUGCCUAUUCUUGCCGGAACUCUUGA